AGGAGGGAGCAGGAAGGAUAAAAGAUUGCUGGGACCACCAGGAAGCCCAUGCCCUCUCCACAUGCAGCAAUGCCAGUAUCUUUCAAAAGAUAAAUGCCAUAUUGGAUAACUCUCUGGAUUUCACUAGAGUCUGCACUACACCCGUCAAUCGAGAAGUUCAUGAUCAUUUGCCAGCAGACUUCCCGGACUCUGAAGACGCAGUCACAAGCAGGAUGCUUUUCCCCACCUCUGCGCAAGAUUCUCCCCGGGGCCUCCCAGAUGCUAAUGACUUGUGCCUUGGCCUGCAGUCCCUCAGCCUCACAGGCUGGGACCGACCCUGGAGCACCCAGGACGCAGAUUCCUCAGCCCAGAGCAGCACACACUCCGUACUGAGCAUGCUCCACAACCCACUGGGCAAUGUCCUGGGGAAGCCCCCCUUGAGCUUCCUGCCGCUGGACCCUCUUGGAUCUGACGUGGACAAGUUCUCAGCACCCUCAGUCAGAGGUUCCCGCCUGGACACGCGGCCCCUCCUGGACUCCCGCUCCAGCAGCCCCUCGGACUCAGACACCAGUGGCUUCAGCUCCGGAUCAGAUCAUCUCUCAGACUUGAUUUCCAGCCUGCGCAUCUCCCCCCCUCUGCCCUUCCUGUCCCUGACAGGGGGUGGCCCCCGAGAUUCCUUAAAGAUGGGGGUUGGGUCCCGGAUGGACCAAGAGCAAGCUGCUCUUGCCGCUGCUGCUGCCGCCGCCGCCGUCACUCCUUCCCCAACCAGUGCAUCGAAGAGAUGGCCAGGAGCGUCCGUGUGGCCCUCCUGGGACCUCCUGGAAGCCCCCAAAGACCCCUUCAGCAUCGAGAGGGAGGCCAGGCUGCACCGGCAGGCUGCAGCUGUGAAUGAAGCGACCUGUACCUGGAGUGGCCAGCUUCCUCCCCGGAACUACAAGAACCCUGUCUACUCCUGCAAAGUGUUCCUCGGAGGUGUUCCAUGGGAUAUUACGGAAGCUGGAUUGGUUAACACCUUCCGUGUUUUUGGCUCCCUGAGUGUGGAGUGGCCCGGUAAGGAUGGCAAGCACCCCCGGUGUCCUCCCAAAGGUAAUAUGCCUAAAGGGUAUGUGUAUCUGGUCUUCGAACUGGAAAAGUCUGUCCGGGCCUUGCUGCAGGCUUGCUCGCAUGACCCGCUGAGCCCCGACGGCCUGAGCGAAUACUACUUCAAGAUGUCCAGCCGAAGGAUGCGCUGCAAGGAGGUACAAGUGAUCCCCUGGGUCUUGGCUGACAGCAACUUUGUGCGGAACCCAUCUCAGAGACUGGACCCCAGCAGGACGGUGUUUGUGGGCGCCCUGCACGGGAUGCUCAAUGCCGAGGCCCUGGCGGCCAUCCUGAACGACCUGUUUGGAGGAGUGGUGUAUGCUGGGAUUGACACAGAUAAGCACAAGUAUCCCAUUGGGUCUGGGCGCGUGACCUUCAAUAAUCAACGCAGUUACCUGAAAGCAGUCAGCGCUGCUUUUGUGGAGAUCAAAACCACCAAGUUCACCAAGAAGGUUCAGAUCGAUCCCUACCUAGAAGAUUCUCUGUGUCAUAUCUGCAGUUCUCAGCCUGGCCCUUUCUUCUGUCGAGAUCAGGUGUGCUUCAAGUACUUCUGCCGGAGCUGCUGGCACUGGCGGCACAGCACGGAGGGCCUCCGCCACCACAGCCCCCUGAUGCGGAACCAGAAGAACCGAGAUUCCAGCUAGAGGAGCCCGCCUUGCCUGGUGGACCGCGGCGCCCGCGGCUGGCAGGUCAGGCAGCGGCCUGCCCCACCUGGGCACCCGGCGACCAGGGAGCCGGCUUCCCGAGGACAAGGGAAGAUUGUAGUCACCUUUGCACUCGCUGAGUCUGUCUUUGUUUCUGCACUAAUUAAUGCACAAUGAGUUUUGUCGGGUUUGUUUUCAGGGGCUGGGCCAGGGCAAGGACCCUCUGGCUCACCCUCCAAGCGACUCUGUAGUUUUCCCAGAUUUUAGUUCCUCAUUUUGCCGAAGAAAAGCAAAAAAGAAUUACGUGUCCAGAAGGUAUUGACACGAUGCCUACAUCUAGGUUUAUUUAUUAAAAGCGCUUUUUUUACAUUCCUUGCAAUACUGAUGGUGGUGAUGCGCAGGUCUCGUUGGUUUCAUUCUUGCAGUUGCCAUACAGUGCCUUUCCAUUUAUUUAACCCCCACCUGAACGGCAUAAACUGAGUGUUCAGCUGGUGUUUUUUACUGUAAACAACAAGGAGACUUU